CGCCCCGGGUUAGUCUUAACUAAGUCUUGGUCAUAAGGAUGAGAGACUUGGGGCACUGCGGUAGGAUCAAUAAAUAAAAUCAGAUCAUCCAACCAGAGUUGUAAAUUGUUACAAUUGGAAUUUAUUCCUACCAGAAAUAAUUUAACUGUAGGGCAAGAUGCAAAGCACAACUAUAGUUAAAUGAAAUAUGGAUCUGACCCAAUUAAGAAUUUUAUUUAAAAGAAUCCACCGAACCAAGAGUUGUAAUAACGAUUGCAAUUGGAAUGAAUUCCUACCUAAAUAAUUUAACUGUAGGGCAAGAUGCAAAGCACAACUAUAGUUAAAUAAAAUAUGGAUCUUGGCCCGCUAGGAUGGCAAACAACAACACAAACAACCUCGCCCUGCGUUCCAUUCUGGAUAAAGAUAAAUUGAACGGAACAAACUUUGUUGACUGGAAACGCAAUCUCUGCAUUGUUCUCCGCAUGGAUGAGAAAGAGUAUGUGCUCGAAAAGCCCAUUCCUCCUGCCCCUCCCGCUAACGCCCCGAAAGCGGUCAAAGAUGCCUACGAGAAACACGUUAAGGAUGACAACCAGGUUAGCUGUGUCAUGCUGGCUACCAUGAUACCCGAGCUGCAAAAACAGCACGAGGACAUGAA